UUGAUAUAUGUUUUUUAUAAAUAAUGUUUUGUUUGUAUUUAAUUUCCGAAAAUGUUGAUAUCGAGGUCAUAUCCUUAGUAGGUAACAUCAGAGUUUAGCCUGCGGGAGAAGUCGGAGCUCGGUGAUGAUAUAGUAAUUACCAGUUGGGGGCCGUUCUACUAGAAUUUCCCCAGUCGUAUGUGGCAAAUACCACCUUCCCACUUGGUUCUGAACGCAGCAUAAAUAAGCAAAUCCAUUCUGGCCAGAGCUUCGACAUUCAAGUUGAUGUUUGUUCGGAUCCAGAAAGUCAUAACAAAACCAGUCAUUCAUUAUUUUACAAAACUUUUCUUAUUACGGAAUCUCCGAACAGUCACUUCUAAAAUGUCUUUCCAGUACCCACAUGCUUACCGUGACGAGGCAGUUGCAGAUGACUACCAUGGUAACAAGAUUCCUGACCCGUACAGUUGGCUGGAGGACCCAGACAGCGAGAAGACGCAGGCUUUUGUCAAUGCUCAGAACCAGCUGACGCUGCCCUACCUGGACCGCUGUGAGGUGCGGGACCUGUUCAAGGAGCGCAUGACGGAGCUCUAUGAUUACCCCAAAUACAGCUGCCCCUUCAAGAGGGGGAGCAGGUAUUUCCAUUUCUACAACACGGGCCUCCAGAACCAGAGUGUAAUGUAUGUUCAGGAGAGUCUAGAGGCAGAGCCCACAGUCUUCCUGGACCCAAACACUUUCUCUGAGGAUGGGACUGUCGCUUUACGAGGUGGGGGAUGGAGACAAGGUUAUGCUUUCUCAGAGGACGGCGAGUACCUGGCAUAUGGCACCAGCGCCAGCGGCUCUGAUUGGGUGGAGAUGCACUUCCUGCGGGUGGAGGGGGCUGUGGCCCUAAAUGACCGGCUGGAGAGGGUGAAGUUCAGCUGCAUGUCCUGGACCCAUGACGGCAAGGGCCUCUUCUACAACUCCUACCCCAAGCAGGAGGGCAAGAGUGACGGCACUGAGACGUCCACGAACCUGCACCAGAAGCUCUACUUCCACGUGUUGGGUACCCCCCAGUCACAGGACUGCCUGUGUGCCGAGUUCCCCGACCACCCUAAGUGGAUGAGUGGGGUCGAGGUGUCAGAUGACGGGCGCUACGUACUGCUGUCCAUCAGGAAGGGCUGUGACCCGGUCAACCGGCUGUGGUACUGUGACCUUCAUACCACUCUUCAGGGUAUCACAGGCCUGUUGCCGUGGGUGAAGCUGAUAGACAACUUUGAUGCGGAGUACGAGUAUGUAACCAACGAGGGCACGGUGUUCACCUUCAAGACCAACCUGGUGGCCCCGCGUUACCGUCUCAUCAACAUCGAUUUCGCCCAGCCCGCCCAGGCCAACUGGAAGGAGCUCAUCCCCCAGCACGACAAGGACGUCAUCGUGUUUGCCACCUGUACCUACAACAGCCUCCUCUUUGUGUGUUUCCUGCACGACGUGAAGAACGUGCUGAAGAUGUACCGUCUGAGCUCGGGGGAGGAGCUCAGGACCUUCUCUCUGGACGUGGGCUCUGUGGUGGGCUUCACCGGACGCAAGAGAGACUCUGAGAUCUUCUACUACUUCACCUCCUUUCUGUCGCCAGCCAUCAUCUACCACUGUGACCUGACCAAGGAGCCCCUGCAACCCCACGUGUUCCGCGAGGUCACCGUCAAAGGCUUUGACCCCUCCGACUACCAAACCACUCAGGUAUUCUACCCUAGUAAGGACGGCACAGAGAUCCCCAUGUUCAUCGUCCAUAAGAAGGGCCUGAAGCUGGACGGCUCUCACCCUGCCUUCCUCUACGGCUACGGAGGGUUCAACAUCUCAAUCACUCCCAGCUACAGUGUAUCACGGCUGAUCUUUGUCCGACACAUGGGAGGAGUCCUGGCUGUGGCCAACAUCAGAGGAGGGGGGGAGUACGGAGAGACCUGGCACAAAGCGGGCAUGCUGGCCAAAAAGCAAAACUGCUUCACAGACUUCCAGUGUGCAGCAGAGUACCUCAUCAAGGAGGGUUACUCGUCCCCCUCCAAACUCACCAUCAACGGAGGGUCCAACGGGGGCCUGCUCGUAGCAGCGUGUGUGAACCAGCGGCCAGAGCUGUUCGGCUGUGCCGUGGCCCAGGUGGGCGUCAUGGACAUGCUCAAGUUCCACAAGUUCACCAUCGGCCACGCCUGGACCACUGACUUCGGCUGCUGUGAGGUCAAGGAGCAGUUUGACUGGCUCAUCAAGUACUCCCCGCUCCACAACAUUCGUGUGCCCGAGGGUGAGGGCGUCCAGUACCCCGCUGUCCUCCUCCUCACGGGUGACCACGAUGACCGCGUGGUCCCCCUACACUCCCUGAAGUACAUCGCCACACUGCAGCACGUGGUGGGCCGCUGGUCGGGUCAGAGCAAUCCACUGUUCAUCCACGUGGAUACAAAGUCGGGCCACGGCGCCGGAAAGCCCACCAGAAAGGUCAUCCAGGAGGUGGCCGACACGUACGCCUUCAUCGCCCGCUGCCUCAGCCUCUCCUGGGUCAAAUGAAGAGGAGGAGGGGGGGGGGGGGGUUCCCUGGAAGUCUGUUUCUAGGGGAAGUGUCUCUAUCGGUGUCUUAGACGUUUCUUACUCGUUCUCGUUAUUUUUUUUAAUGAUCACUAAUCUUUUUGUUCAGCUGUUCUCCUUCCCUCCUUAUCACUACUGAUUUGUUCCUGAGCAGUAAUCAAUCUCUUCCUACCCGGUUGUCUGGCCUGUAUUAACCACCCCUCUCUCUUCCUGGCUCUCCAUUCCCAGUGUAGGCUUGCUUUGGGCAUGGGCUCCAGGUCAGCCAGACUAUAAAGUUACCCCCCCACCCCCAUGGGCCAGCCCCAGGACUUACCCCCGGUCUCCACUCCUCACCUCUCUGGCCCAGACUCCCCUACCAAACCUCCCUCUCUUCCCCCAUGGGCCAGCCCCAGGACUGACCCCCGGUCUCCACUCCUCACCUCUCUUACAAGCGAUUCACUACAUAUAUCUAGAAGAAGAAAAACACAUCUCUGAAUAAGCUUUGUUGUUCAAUUAAAGGUCAAAUCCACUGCAUUUAAAACAGUCAAGUAAUUUAAUGAAUUCAGAGUUUGUGUAAUCAUACCGAGGCUGAAUAUAUUCCUUCCACAACCAUAAGACCCACUAAUCAUUACUUCAUCAAAAAUAGUUCUACCUGCUUUAUUGUCUUCUAUAAUCACUGAUCUGGCUUUCAGGUCUGUCUAAAAAUAACCAGAACCAUGCAUAAUGCACAUUCACUAAUAAUGUAGCAGGUAUUCUAGAAAAUGAACACCGGUCUCAAGCACAAGGCCACGUGCUAGUUAGUGCCCAGCUAAUAUUUAUAUUUCUAGUUCAGCAAACUUGGAUCGAGGUAUAAUUUCACUAGCUCUGGAUUCAGCUAACAAGGAGAACAGGUGAAUCGUUAUGAACACACCCUUCUGUCCGUCUCCAACUGUUUGAACAGCAUGCUAGCCUGUCCACUUUGUUCAGAUGUUGGAAUCAAGUGGCCUACUUUAUCUCUGAAUGAGAACGACAUGACAACUUCUUCGUUUUAUGCUUAUUGCACAUUUAUAAAACAGACUAGACAGCUGGUGUAAGUCUUUAUUUGACUAAAAUACUGCUAGUGAUACGUGGUACCAUAAUGCGCUUGCGACAAACUGAAGGUUCAUUGGUAAAUGUGUUUUAGUAGUGUCUGCUCUGCUCAAAAUCUGAGGAGUUGAAACAUAAACAGAGUUUCAUUAGAAAGGUUCAUUUCUCUAUUACAAUAUAAUCAUUUCUCCAUGUGUUGUGGUGUCCAUAUGAUCCAUUCUGUUGGACCAAACGUCAAAUGCAAAUAGAGAGUUGAAACCGUUUGUCAGUGAAGAAGUGGUGAUCUCUCAUCUUUGUUGUUGUGUGUGGUAGGGGCUUGGGAGAAAGAGGCGAAGCGAGAGGUGUCACUCCAAUCUCCAAGCCCUAUGCGCUUAUUUUGAACUUAAGCUUGUCACCUGCCUUCCCGCCUUUGGGACAACGACUCCCAUUGUUAAGGUGGAAACAUGAGCAUCUAGUCAUUAUAUACAGAUCUCUGGUGUAAAUGUACACAGCACAGAAGGAGUGAAUGAGACUAAGAGGACAUAAACGCUCAUAAAAACAAAGAAUACGAAAAAACUUGGACCAGCCUCAGGACUCCACCCCUCACCUCUCUGGCCCCAGACUCCCCUACCAAACCUCCCUCUCGUCCCCCAUGAGCCAGCCACAGGACUUACCCCCGUCUCCUCCCCCAUGAGCCAGCCACAGGACUUACCCCUGUCUCCACCCCUCACCUCUCUGGCCCCAGACUCCCCCACCAACCCCAGGACUUGCACCCCCCCCCCCCCCCCCCCCCCCAUGAGCCAGCUCCAGGACUCAGCUCUUCCUCAUGAGUCAUUCUCCUGUAUUGUCUCUCUAAUAGGUAAAACCUGGUUAAAGUGUUAGUUCAAUGUUGAGAGAUGGGUGAUACAUGGUUGGACUUAACUUGAACUGUAUAGUUUUAUCAGCCUAGAGGUCAAGGAUCAAGUCUGCAAAGGUCCUCAGUCGGGGAACAUGAAAUGGCACCCAAUUGGUGCUCCCCCUACCACCACAAACACAGACGAUUGUAUGUGUUUAUCAAUUGGAAGGCUGUUUGUCAGUAGGUUAUUGAUUUCAGCACUCUUCAGUGUUCGUGUGAAUGAUGAUAGAUUUAGGUCAUUUUGUUUUGUGUUUAGGAGGACUAAUGCAGAGUGUGUGUGUGUAUCUGACUGAUAUUAAUUUCUACCUCUUGGCAUGCUGAUUGUUAGUUUACCUAAUAAAGGGACAUAAACAACAACAAUGUACUACAAUGCCACAACUUCAAUAAACCGUUAUUUUGAACAGUG